AUGAGCCUACACCCAAGCAUUCUCGGUGCCCCUGAUACUUUCGUUUGGCCACUUCAAAAAUCCGGGAACUACAGCGUUAAAUCAGGCUACUUCUCAACGUUUAUGCCACUCAACCAUCAGAGAGAGGCAAGAGAGGCUACUUGUGACUGGAAGAAGCUUAUUUGGUCUCAGCAUCUAUCACCAAAAUUGAAGUUUUUCCUCUGGGAGAUCGUUGCAAAUGCUCUCCAUACAGGCAACAAUUUACAACGUAGAGGACUCUUCUCCAACACAUCUUACAUUCGCUGUGGAGCUCCUAAAAGCGCUGAACAUAUCUUCUUCCAUUAUCAAUAUGCGAAGGAGAUCAGGAGUAAUGGACCCUGGAAUCGCCAACUCGAUACUUUACCAGACGCUUCGUUCACCAAGAUACUACAGGAAAGCUGGAGAUGGAUUCCUCUACCACCUUAUGGUUUCUCCGAGAACGUCUUCCCAUGGAUCUACUGGGCUAUAUGGCUCGCGAGGAAUCAGCUUGUGUUUGAGAACAAGUCGCAGUCUCCAGAGGAAACAACUCUUCGAGCUCUACUGGCCCUUAAAGAAUGGGAGAACGCCCAGCCCCCUCGUAUCAGCACAAACACACCAAGCUUGCGACCUCCUCAUCAACAUCUCCACCGAUCCCGUGAAGACUCGCCGCUUAAUAACCAGGAGAUCUACUGUAACACCGACGCUGCUUGGAUUUCAACAUCACGAACGGCGGGUCUGGCAUGGAUCUUCUCGGACCGUAAUCAGAUGGAAUUGGAUCGCGGAUCAAAAGUCCAAACAGCGGUCACUUCACCAUGCAUGGGUGAAGCCCUUGCAAUCAGAGAAGCUCUCCUCCACGCUGCUUCGCAAAACUACUCUACAAUCUGUAUUCGAUCAGAUUCCCAAGUGCUUGUCCAAGCAAUCUCCUCUCGCUGGCAUACGACGGAACUCUACGGAGUUCUCUCCGACAUCGACGCGAUUUCUUUCUCUGCAUCUUCUCCCUUUGAUUGUUGUCGUUUCUUUUUCACCCCAAGAGCCAAUAAUGGGUUAGCAGAUGGGCUUGCAAAACCGAUAGCAUACCUGGCUACAAGUCAGAUUUUCGAUUACAGCUCACCAGAGUUCUGUUGA